GGCGCAUCUGACCGUUAUGAUUUUUCGUUAGUAUAUUCUGUGGUUAUGAUUUCCCAUCUGAUCUAGACACAAUCUAGACAGGUUAAAAUUUAAAAAAUUAAAUUUUUAUUAAACACAUAGAAACAAAAAAUGUCCUUAGCGGCUAGAAACGCAAUUUGUAAAGCAUUUACUCCAUCAAUUCAGAUUAAAAGAUUCCGAGGAAAAAUAAAUAUUCAAAAACCGAAACCUCCACAUUUUGAAAGGGCAAAGUAUUUAGCACUAGCAAAACCAUGGUUCCUACCACAAGAUACAGACAAAAAACGAUGUGGUAAUUUAAAAAAAUUAGACUUUCAUAAGCAAAAAGAGGAAAAUCCAUUUCAAAGAAUUUUGUCUCAAGAAUUAUAUAGAUGGUUCAAGACAUCCAAACUUGUAGCGUUUUGUCAUUAUAAUCCUAUGACAAAAGAUGAUGAGUAUAAAGCAUAUAUGUUACUCCAUAAAGAAAAAAUGCAUUUUAAAAAGUAUGGAAAGGAAACAUUGGAAAUGGCUGUUAAAGGAACACCAUAUGAAGCAGUGCUGGAUUUUUAUGUGUCACAUAAUAUAACAAUAUUUAGUCCUGAACCAGAAAUUAAAAAAUUGUUAAAAAUAUUACGUAGAUUCCCUCAAUUAAUAUUGUUAGCUGGUAUUUAUGAAAACAAACUAAUAUCUAAGGAAGAAUUAGUGUAUUAUAGUAACAUACCUAAUAUACAAGCAGCACAAGCAACUUUAGUUCAAACAUUGAACAGUGCAGGAACACAGUUGGUCAGCAAUUUAAAUAGCCACCAGUCAACACUUGUGUCACACAUAGACCAAAGGGCCAAUCAGUUACAAAAAGGAGAAUAAAUUUAUUGUAGAUAGUGUUAUUUAAUUACAGGUUUUAAAUUGAAUCUA